AAAUAAAUAGACACAGUCCCAUGUGGCGCGUGCUGCUUUAUAUAUUGAGGAUAAAGCUCACCGAAGCGCGAAUUGUACUUUUUCUAUUUUCCGAUUCUCAAAAAGUGACACUUUACCGGCGAUAAUACUGUGGGUACCCAAGUGAGGUAACAGCGCCCUUCGUUUGAUCGGAAAUGGCUGCCGCUAGGAGACCGCUACAGUUUUUCUUGGGCAGAGUCAGUCGGGGAACCAGGAGGAGCUACGGUGCUGUGCCCGAAGGCAGCUCGGUUUUGUCUUCUUCUGCAUCGCAGGACCUAAUCAACCUUGAAUACGAACGCAGUGCCCACAAUUACCAUCCUGUUCCUAUUGUAUUUUCUCAAGCCAAGGGAGCGACCAUAUGGGAUCCAGAAGGCAAAAAGUAUCUUGAUUUUCUAUCAGCUUACUCUGCUGUCAAUCAGGGACAUUGCCAUCCAAAGAUAAUAAAAGCAUUGCAAGAACAGGCAGAAAGACUCACUCUCAGCUCCAGAGCCUUCUACAAUGACAAAUUUCCAACAUUUGCUGAGCAUCUAACUAGCAUGUUUGGCUAUGACAUGGUGCUACCCAUGAACACUGGAGCUGAAGGUGUGGAAACUGCUUUGAAGUUGGCAAGAAAAUGGGGUUAUGAAAAGAAAAAAAUUCCAAAAGAUAAGGCAAUUAUCGUCUCUUGUUGUGGCUGCUUCCAUGGUCGUACAUUAGCUGUCAUCUCUAUGAGCUGUGACAAUGAGGCUACUCGUGGGUUCGGGCCUUUGUUGCCUGGCCAUAUGAAAGUUGAUUUUGGAGAUGAAAUUGCUCUUGGGAAGAUCUUUAAAGAACAUGGAGACCGUAUUGCUGGAUUUCUUUUUGAACCCAUUCAAGGAGAGGCUGGGGUUAUAAUACCUCCAGAUGGUUAUUUAAAAGCUGUCAGAGAUCUUUGCUCAAAAUAUAAUGUUCUAAUGAUUGCUGAUGAAAUACAAAGUGGCUUAGCUCGGUCAGGAAAAAUGCUGGCUUGUGAUUGGGAGGAAGUUCGGCCAGAUGUAGUUAUACUAGGAAAAGCACUGGGUGGUGGGGUGAUGCCUGUAAGUGCAGUGCUUGCAGAUAAGGAUGUAAUGCUUUGUAUCCGACCUGGAGAGCAUGGAAGCACCUUUGGUGGAAACCCAUUGGCCAGUGCAGUUGCCAUUGCAUCGCUAGAUGUAAUCCAGGAGGAGAAACUUGCUGAGAGAUCUGCCCAUUUAGGACAAGAACUCAGGCAUCAGCUGCUUAAGAUUCAGAGCAAAUUUCCAGACUACAUUAAGGAAGUUCGAGGGAGAGGUUUAUUCAAUGCUGUGGAGUUCAACAGUAGGGCAAUGUUCCCCAUUUCAGCAUACGAUAUCUGUCUAAGGAUGAAAGAUAGAGGUGUUCUAGCCAAGCCCACGCAUGACACCAUUGUCCGGUUGACUCCCCCACUCAACAUGAGUUUGGAUGAGCUUCAAGAAGGGUCAAAGGUGCUGCAAGAUGUUCUGGAACAUGAUCUACCAAAGAUGCAGAAGGACAAGCCAGAAAAGGUCUCUGCAGCUACAUCAACUACCUGUGACCGCUGUGGACGAAACUUGUAUUAAUUCUCCGGAUAAAGAUCUCUAAAUUUCAUGAGAAAUGCAGUUGCAUAUAUGCUACGUCCAAACAUCUUGACCCGCAAUUAUGUUUUCUCAAUCAAAACAAAUUUUUUAGACAAUGAGACAUCUUAGAAUGGAUGUCAUUUUACUUAUUAUUCCCAGAAUAUACAAUGAUAAUAAUAUGAACGAUUAUGGCACAACUGGUUAUGCAAUAUGAACAGUAUUGAGUUCUGGUAUCAUUAUAAAUGGCAUUGUGUUUA